AUGGAAAUUGAGGAUGAUCAUGAGGAGAGUACGGUAAAGCAAGUAGACCUAACCGUGCCGAAAACCGAUGAUCCUACCGUGCCUGUUCUGACAUUCAGAAUGUGGGUUCUUGGUCUUAGUACUUGUAUCAUUCUGUCUUUCGUGAACCAGUUUUUCUGGUACAGGACACAACCAAUGAGCGUUUCAUCUAUUGCUGCACAGAUUGCUGUGGUGCCAUUAGGGCAUUUAAUGGCUAGAAAACUGCCUACUCGUAAGUUCUUUGAGGGCACAAGUUGGGAGUUUACGUUGAAUCCAGGACCCUUUAAUAUUAAAGAACAUGUGUUGAUUACGAUCUUUGCAAAUUCCGGUGCUGGAACUGUGUAUGCUACUCAUAUUCUCACCUCUGUUAAGAUAUAUUACCAGAGAAAACUUACUUUCCUUCCAGCCUUGUUUGUUAUGAUCACCACUCAGAUGCUAGGGUUUGGUUGGGCAGGGCUUUUCCGAAAAUAUUUGGUUGAGCCAGGUGAGAUGUGGUGGCCAAGUUCAGGCUAUAGCGGACUUGGAAUAGGUGCUGUAGGAUUUGACUGGGCUACAAUUUCUUCUUAUCUUGGAAGUCCACUUGCUAGUCCUUGGUUUGCUACUGCCAAUGUUGCUGUAGGAUUUUUCCUGAUAAUGUACGUGAUGACACCCCUCUGUUACUGGCUCAAUAUCUACAAUGCCAAGAACUUCCCAAUAUAUUCCGCCAACCUUUUUACUUCUAAAGGUGAGGUUUACGACACCCUUGAGAUUAUCAACUCGAAGUUUCAUCUCGAUCGGGAUGCUUACGCGAGGCAUGGGCGUCAACCAGGAUUGAACGUUGUUACAGAAUAUAUAAUAGGGUACAUGUAUCCAGAGCGCCCUGUUGCUAAUAUGUGCUUCAAGGUUUACGGGUAUAUAAGCAUGGCUCAAGCUCUAACGUUUCUAGGAGAUUUUAAGCUAGGCCACUACAUGAAAAUUCCGCCUAGAUCAAUGUUCAUGGCACAGGUGGUAGGAACUCUCGUGUCUGUAUUCGUAUACCAAGGAACUGCCUGGUGGAUGAUGGAUGCCAUUCCGAAUCUUUGUGGAGAAGACAACGGCCAGUGGAAAUGCCCCCAGGACAAUGUGUUCUUUAAGGCUUCGGUCAUAUGGGGGCUGGUCGGGCCGCGCAGAAUCUUCGGAAACCUCGGUGAAUAUGGGAAGGUCAAUUGGUUUUUUAUGGGAGGAGCUGUAGCCCCUCUCAUAGUCUGGCUUUUUCACAAGGCAUUCCCAAGCAAGAAAUGGAUCAGCCUCAUUCACAUGCCUGUCCUGUUAGGUGCCACAGCAAUGAUGCCCCCAGCUUCUGCUGUGAACUUCACCAGUUGGAUUAUUGUCGGAUUCCUCUCUGGAUUUGUUCUUUUCCGAUAUCGAACGGAAUGGUGGAGACGUUAUAAUUAUGUCCUCUCUGGUGGUCUUGAUGCUGGGACAGCUUUUAUGACUCUGUUGAUCUUUUUUCUCUCGGAUACUGGAAUGUCGGCCUGGCAUGGUGGGGAAGCAGUCCGGACAACCCAGAAGGAUGCCCUUUGGCCAGCUGUCCAACUGCCAAAGGGGUAA